AUGGCUAAUUUGUUACUAAAUGUGAAAAAUAAAGCACAGGAUGAAAUUAUAGCAUGUGCUGUUCGUCUUUAUUCAGCUGAAACAUUUCUUUACAAAUUAGUUAAUGCGACUUUAAGAGCAGAUGAUAGAAGUAAAAUCGAUACUUUGGGGGCUUAUUGCUAUUUAUUACACAGACGGGUAUCGUAUAAUGAUAAAUAUCAAAUUGUUUAUCGUGGUGCGAACUUAAUGCAGGCAAUGAUUGAUGAUUAUAAAGCAUCUAUUAAUGCAUGGAUCAGAUGGUUGGCAUUUACUUCAACAUCACGAGAUCGUGGACAAGCCGAAAAUUUUGGUAGUAAUACAUUAUUUAUUAUUAAAUUGCUUGGGCGAUACAUUCACAUGAGUGACAUCUCAUCAAUAUCAUAUUUUCCUCACGAACAAGAAGUACUUUUGGAUGCUGGAACUAUAUUUCAGGUGGAGAAAGUUGAAUAUAAUUCAACAAGUAGAAAAUAUUUAGUUCAUCUUGAAACAGGCAGCAACAGUAUCAAAAUCAACACAGCGAAUGCUUGAGAUAUUGACACUGAUGGUUUUAGUUCUGAUUUUUUUCCGCUUUUUCAGAAAUUUUUUCGACAAUAAUAAAUCCUUUUACUCAUUACUUUCGCUCCGUUUUACAAUCAUUCCCAGUUGUUCAAACUCUUUUCUGGCCGAAAUCAAGUCAACGAUCACGCGACUUGGAUGUAGUUGUAGGUCGAUCAACGUGUGGGUUCUGAGAAGAACCAUAAGAGGAUGUGAGUGUGGGCGUCGCUUGCCCCUCAGGGAAUAGAAUACCCCGCCACCCCCACCCACCCCCCCCCACCCCCACCCAUCCCCCCACCCCCGCUCGCCCCCCCC